GGAACAUGGAGUCUUCACACAGCACAAGUGUUUACACGCCACAUUCAAAUAUCUUUAAAAAAAAUCUACAAGUUAAAAGUUGAUGGGUCACUUUAUCAGACCAGUUCCCAUUUAUGAAAGCAAAUAUAAAGAAUUAGAAAACUACAGGAUAACUGGUCAUCUGAUACCAGAGACACUCACAGCAUGGACACGUCUGGAAACACAACGUACUCCAAUGAAGAACGUGUGUAUGAAAACCCAUUUAGCAGUGGGGAAGAAGCCAAUAUGGGAGAAGAAAUGUAUAUAAAUUAUAGCGUUAAUAACUGUCAUGAUAAAGUAGCGAUCAAGACCAUCCAAAAAGGACCAGGACCAGGACCAGGGGCAGUUGUUCCAUUGAGUUCAUUGUGGAGAGCUGCAGCAGUGUGUCUGGGGCUGCUGUGUGCUCUCCUACUGGCUGGGGUCAUAGCACUGGGAGUCAUCUUCACCAGAGUUAAUGAAGACAAAACCAUAAAGACUAUGGAGAGAGACCAACUACAGACCAAUUACACCGACCUGAGCAGAGAGAGAGACCAACUACAGACCAGUAACACCAACCUGACCAGAGAGAGAGAUGACCUUAAGAGGAGACUGUGCGAUCUCACUUCCUGUUCUGCUGGCUGGCCGAAGUUUGGCUGCAGCUGUUACUACGUCUCUAAUGAGAUGAAAAACUGGACUGACAGCAGACAGGACUGUCUAAGGAGAGGAGCAGACCUGGUGAUCAUAAACAGCCAUAAGGAACAGGUGAGAGAUGGAGAGAUGGAGAGAGAGGAAUUCCUCAAUAACUUCACCAAGAGAGUGUGGAUCGGUCUGUCUGACACAGUAACCGAAGGGAACUUUACCUGGGUGGACGGAACUCCACUGACCACACCCACGUACUGGUUCAGCCCUCAGCCUGAUAAUCACCUUUACAAAGGCAACGUUAAUGAGGACUGUGCUGAGAUAUACUACCCGUCUCAUUCUGAUACAAAAGUUGGUAUUCCCAAGACAUGGAAUGAUAACAGAUGUGAUUUUAAUAAUUCCUGGGUCUGUGAGAGAGGGAUCUAACAGAUAUACUGUGGGUUUUCUAUGCAUAUACUUUACAUAUUUUAUUACAUUUUCCAGCUACUUUUUUGUCACGUGAAUAUUACCUGUCAUCAGAAUCAGAAUCAGAAUGGGAUUUAUUCGCCAUGAAAGUUUGCACAGACAAGGAAUUUGCUUUGGCAGGUCAUUUCACUUCCUAAACCUUGGGACACACUGCCUGCGAUCUACCGCAAGGAGUCAGAUGGUUGAGCGGUUGAGCG